AUGAGAUCAGAGUGGGAAGAAAGUCAAGGAGAUGGUGGCAAUAUCAGUUUGGGAGACUGGCCUGAGAAAACUAAGGAGCGACUGGAAGGAGCUGUCCUACUCAAAGAAGAAAGCAGCACCCUCCACCCGAAUGCUGGGACCUGUUUCAAGAGAAUUGCUGAGGUGACUCUCACCCACACUGUUCGUGUUUUUUGUUACAAUAAGAGAGAGAAACCCAUACUCUGCAUAUGGCUUUCUGGCACACCAAGAUGCUAUGAGCCCUUGGCUCCUCUUCCACCUUCUGCCUCAGCUGUGCCAGUCUGGCAGGACCGAACAAUUGCCUCUGCCAAGUUGCGGCUCCUUGAGUAUUCAGCAUUCAUGGAAGUACAGCGUGACCCUGAAACGAUCAGUGAUGGUGANCAUGAUGAAAGUUCACCAAGGACACUCUCUCCAACUCCAUCUGCAGAAGGUUAUCAGGAUAUGCGAGAACGAAUGAUGCACCGGUCAACCAGUCAGGGUUCCAUUGGUUCCCCUGUAUACAGUCGCCAUAGCUACACUCCCACCAUGUCCCGCUCGCCUCAGCAUUUCCACAGACCAGAUCAAGGGAUCAAUAUUUAUAGAAAACCACCCAUCUACAAACAGCAUGAUGCAGCUGCUCUGGCAGCCCAGAACAAGUCUUUCGAUGAUAUCAUCAAGUCCUCCAAGUUCCCAGCAGCCCAUGCUCCAGCACCCAACGAGAUUCCAAAGAUUGAGACAGAAUACUGGCCAGGUCCUCCCUCACUUGCGGCUGUAGUAGGUUUUGAUAUGAGACGCCGAUCCACUGGUAGAGAUGAAGACCUAGAAGAACUUCAGAGGCGCCGACAGCUGCAGGAGGAACAGUUAAUGAAGCUAAACUCAGGCCUGGGGCAAUUGAUACUAAAAGAAGAGAUGGAAAAGGAAAAGUCUUUACUUGCCAGCAGAUGUUACGAUUCUCCAGCUAAUUCAUUUUAACCCAGAUGGUCUCGUCACUGGAAUGCGAAUGGACAGAGGGGUGUCUAUGCCUAACAUGUUGGAACCAAAGAUAUUUCCUUAUGAAGUACUCAUGGUGACCAACAGAGGGCGAAAUAAAAUUCUAAGAGAAGUGGAUAGAACCAGGUUGGAGCGUCAUUUAGCACCUGAAGCUUUUCAAGAAAUAUUUGGCAUGACGAUACAGGAAUUUGAUAAGUUACCUCUCUGGAGACGCAACGAUAUGAAGAGGAAAGCCAAGCUCUUCUGAAUUCUUCUUUCUUGGGAGAGGGAAGAUAUCAUAUAAUAGGAUAAUAUAUUAUAAUCGAGUCCAAACUCUUUUUGGAGAGCAAACAAUCAUGAAGGUGGGGAGGAGAGAAGGGACAAUCUGAGAAAGGCACAUACUAAUGCCUUGAGAUUGUGCAAUGGCCUGUCAAGCUUGCCAUAGGGAGAGACAUGAAAGGUUCUUUGUUCAAAUCUCAGUCAUGGUUUUCACUCAUCAAGUUUUUAUAUGGCAUAUAUAUUCAGCUUUCUGCCUUCCUCAUUUUCCCUUGACUUUCAUUCAAAGGUUGGGGAUACUAAUUGAGAAAACCCAGGAAGUGCCCGUAGGAUGCCAGCUCACAAUUUUGUGGUCAUGGACUUUCCAAGCAAUGAAUGAAUAUAUUCUAUAGUUAAGGAAGGAGUCCUGUGUAAUAUCUUUAUCCUCUGGGCACAGCUAUUGCAGCUAAUUGGCCUUAUUGUCAAACGGCUUAUUCUUUCUGCAGGACCCAUCAAUAAAAUAGGCUGCUGAACAGAAGUAUUCUGCUGUGCUGCAUAUUGGCCAAUUUUUUGGAUAACAAGCUCCCAGCUUGCACUUGCACAUAUCUGGUAGUAAAUUGCCAUUUACUGUUUUGUUGUUGAAACUCUUUGUUCCUCCAUCUUUCCUUGCAUUAACGGGAUAUAAUUUUUGCUUUAAACCUCUUGGUUGAAAAUUAACAAGAAGAGCAAGUACAUAAACCCAAAAUUGGUUUCUUGGUUUAAUGAUGAAGGAGUUAUUUCAACUGUCAUGUUAAAUGUAAGCCAUAGUGUCAUGCAAUCUUAGGUUUAAUUUAGAUGUGACCUUUGCUGUGUGAAAAUCACUAUGACAUAGUGUGGUCACGCAUUGUUUGAUGUGCUUCAAAAUAAGCACUGCGUGGGCCAAUGUAUUGAUGUUGUUCCUUUUCAUGUUAAAAUAAACAAUAUUAAUCACGCUGGUCCAUGAAAAAUGGCCUGUACUGGGCCAAUAACUUAUUGUGAUCAACUGAAAGGCAUACAAUCAUGUUUAAACUCUGAAACUCUCUCCAGUUCUCCUUUCAUAAGUUGUAGGAUCUGAUACAUGAUCAUCUUUCAUAGGAUCUAGAAUAGGUGUCACCAUGCCGUCAUCCUUAUUGGGAAACUGAAGAUUGAAGAGUGUUUUGUGAGUAGAACGAAUGACAAGCAAGUCAAAAGAUUGGACAUUUUCAAAGUACUCUACAUAGCCUGUUCCAGGAUUGGAAUAGCAUUAUUCAAUCACUAGAACCACCCAAUUGCAAAGGUUACAUUUGAAUUUUUUUUAAAUGUCUAUCAGAAUAGUGAACUUGGAAAUUUUAUUAUAUUUUAACUAUUAUACGGAGUGACUUUGCUGCUACACAGUGAUCAUUCAAGCUAUUUUCUUGUAUGCACUGAUAAUAUUGCACAAUAUGUCAUGUUGAACAAAUGUUUAAUUUUAUUUUCUUCAUGUAAUCACUCAUUAUUCAUAUAAGAAGACUUGAAUUUUGUGUUAUACACAGUUUCAAAUAGAUUAUUUACUAUCAGUGCCUGGGGAAAAAAAACCUUGGGCAAUUUCUGAAUCAAAUGAUCCGCUCAACUACAUGCAGCCUUUUUUUUUAGAGGAUAUUGUGUGACCUGGCCUCUUGUCUACCUAAAUUGCUUUAUAGGUUGUGUAUCUUCCGUAAGGGACGCAUCAAAUUUUCUUCUGUAGAAUCAGAAGCCAUUUUUGGCUGACAAUAGGGUGCAGUGAUACAUUAAUUUUUUUACCUGAGUGAUAACUGCUACUAUAUAAAUUUUUACUUUUUCUCUUUUAAUGUGCAGUUUCUGCCAACAGUGUAAUCCUAUAUGUAUAUAUACAAUACUUUAUACUAAUUUAGAAGCAAAAAUUCACUAAAUUAAAUGAAGCUUGUCAUUUAGUAAGUCUGUCUAGCGUAGAUGAGGAACCUGUUGCUCUCCAGAUGUUGCAAGACCCCCAUCUCCCUGCUUUCCUUACCAUUAGUCCUGGGGGGAGGGGCAGAGGACACUUGGUAAUGUUAUUCAACAACAUCUAUAAGGCUACAGAUUACGUAUCUCUUCCCCUGUUUAGAUAGCAAUUGUUAUUGUAAGGUUUAUGCAGGAAGGACUUGUAGUAUUUUUUGCUCUUACACUUAAGAGCUAAGCAUAGGUGGUUUCCAGUGGCAUAUCUGAAUUUACAACAGGUGAUCAAGAUACUAAUGGCUAAUCUCUUUGGUCUUAGUUUAUUAUCCUCCUAAAUUAGGCUACUAGAUCUGGUCUGCAAAAAUCCAGAGGACCAUUAUGUGGAAACAGACAGAAGAAUUUUAUUUGCAGCCAUUUAAUGAUUUUUGCAGCCUGUGUAGAAAAUGAUAAAGAGGUUUUUCAGCAUAUCAGUACAGAUGUUUAGAAGAUUGUUUGGCAGAAUUCAUGUAAAAUGUUAACUUCAUCAAAUGCUGAUCAUUCUAUCACGUUGUAAUUAAGUGUGAAAGGAUGUUCACCAGGAGAGACCCAGAUCAAGAGUCUGUGCAGUUACCAGCUACCAAGAUUCUGUGAAUUAAGUGUAAACAAAGGAUUGGAUAUGAUUGGAUUUCACUGGGCUUGGGCCUAACAAUAGGAGUAGUAACGGCACAGACAUACUGGUGAUAUGUUACUCUUUGUGGGAAUGUAUCACCUGGCCAAGGAUACUUUUUCUCUUGCCUACUUCACAGGUUCCUGCAAACUGAUGUCCUCCAAUAUCCUAUACUGGAAUUAAUAUAUUCUAGAAAUUAAAAUCCGAAAUAGCUGUUAGGCAAUAGUGAGAGAAGGUUGCCCAAUAAUCACAAGAAUAAAUAUUCUACGACAGGGGUGAGGGGGCAAUCAUGACACAUGACAGUUUUCAUAUUUCUAAUUCUAUUAUAUCAGGCAAUAUUAUCAAUUAAAACAAAUUAUAGCAGGAGUCAGGAGGCUCAAGGAAACUUUAAAGUGACAAUGUGUAGUUGUGUUUGAAUUCUGUAAUUUUCUGUAAUUAUGUAUUCGACUGGUCUAUUAAACUAGCUGUAAUUUAGCCAAGAGGACAAUUUGACGAGUGAUUUACAAAGGAAUGUGCUGUUUAUCAGAGCAAUUGGGCCUUUGUCCCAAAAGCAAAUUCUGGACUGCAAGCCAAUCAGUUGAAAGAGGGCCAUCCGAGCUGCCUCUUUUCCUGGACAUAUUAUUGCUUCAACUGCACAUCGAUGGUUUCUGUGUGAUUAGGCAUCCUUUCUACUUUUUUGUCCUUUCCGACAAAUGAGCUCUGGACAGACAUUUGUAUCUGGUGCACAGAAAGGAUUAAAGCAGCGUAUCCUAAUUGCAGUUCAUUAAAUUAGCCAAAAUCCAGCCAUAUCUCUGCUUCCUCUUUUUUCAUUCAGGAUGUUUAUAUCUUGAAAAUUAGAAUAGUUGCUUCUCACCUCCUCAUGGAAUGAAAUCUUCAUUGCCUUUUAUUCUUCAAUUGCAUUUCCUUAAGCUGAGCAGUAAGAGGUGUAACCUACAGCAUGGUUACAGCAUGGCUGCUAUUUGAAAUCAUUCCAUGUAUGCGUCAUAUUGCCUGGGAAGCCAAGCAUUUAUUGGUUCCAAUCACAAAGUCCAGUGCAACGCCACUCAUUCUUCAUUAAUCAAUUUUGAUUUAACAAAACCUGAAUUCUAUAUUCUGUUUCCACACAUAUUACUUCAAGAGCAAUAACACAUUUUACCUUUUAGAACAGGGGUGUCAAACUUGCACAGUGGCGUCACGGGACAUAUCGGGGCUUUUCCCCUCUUUGCUACACCGGGUAUAAGUGGCCAGCGCAUGACGCAUCUGGCUCGCGGGCCACAAGUUUGACAGCCUUGUUUUAGAACUAAGAUAUUAUAGCUAACUUAACAUAUCAUUCCAAUGCUUUGCAAACUCUCUCACACCCUGAAAACAAAAUAGGGGGGAGGGGAUUACUAAAAAGAAUGCAGAUGAAUUCAUGAUUGGACAAUUAGUUCCUCUCUGACCAAUCCCUGUAAUAGUCUGUAAUUCCAGAAAAAUGGGCGAUCAGAAAUGAAAACUGAUGAUGAUCCUUAAAGAGUAACAAUUCCUAGCAUUGUUCAUCAGUAGUUGAGCUCUUCUUUUGCAAAAUGACAUUGCAAUUGGAUUUCUACAAUUUCAGGAUGAAAAUGAAUGUUAGUCUGUGUGUUCCACUAUUAUUUGCUAACAUAUGAGCAUGACAUACUUUUGUAAUAAAGCUUACAAUUAAGGAUAGGUCAGUUUGGUUUUUUUUAAAAUUUUUUUUAAAAAGCUUGACAAGUAGUCCUUGACUUACGACACAAUUAAGCCAAAAAAUUAUGUUGUUAUUAAGCGAGAUAUUUAUUAUGUGAGUGUUGCCAGGAAAUUGCAACCAUCAUAAAUAUGAGUCAGUUGCCAAGCAUCUAAAUUUUGAUCACAUGAUUAUGAGGUGGGGUCAUAAUUAUGGGGAUUAUGGGGUCAUAAAUGUGAAAAGCAAAAAAGUCACUUUUUUCAGUUGUAACUUCGAAUGGUCACUAAAUGAACUGUUGUAAGUCAAAGACUACCUGUAUUUAUUUUGUGGGGAAGUACAAUUUAUUUGGGAGACUACUUCCCAAUUAUAUUAAUUUUAUAAAAGAAGACUUAAAGAGGUCUUACUACAAAUAUAAAGGACCUAAAAUCAGCAAAAAUAUUUAAUGUGGUGCUAAAAAUUGAACUGAUUAGAAAAACUGAGCUUUUUCUCUCUAUUGUUUUACAAAUGUGCUAAUGACUUGAAGUGCUAUUGUAUAAAUAAUUCGAUUACCCAACUACCUACUUAUCACUAUCAUCAUCCCCCACCUUAUAUAUAUCCAAAACACAUUUUAGCCCAAAUUUUAAGAUUCUUUUUAAAAAAAACACUGAUUCAAUUGUAUUCGAAUGGGAAGAGUAGUACCAAAGCUGAGGUGAAGUAGAUGGACUUCACUGUAGUGAUGCACAAAUUCACCACCACUAUUUGAUAAGUUAUUGCACACAGCAAAAUCACAUCUCUUAAAAAUGCAAGUAAAUGUCAAAAGAUUAAUAAGCAACAUAUGGCUAUUGCAGAAUGAAUACUGUACUGUGGAAGCACAGCAGAAUGCAGAUUGUCAUCAUGGAGGACAUGUGAUGUGUAUUGUUCAAUUAUUUACCUUUGUAGUGCUGAGGGGGUUGGGAUUCAGAAACUAUAUGACAGAAAAUUAUCUCCAGAAGGAUAUUUUAUUGGUGCUUAUUUACAUUGUAUGAUGCCCAUUCUUCUGUUGUAUAUUUCUUCUGCAUUCUUAGUGCAAUCUACUAAAAAUGGAUAUUUUGGUUCUGAUCCUUUUUCAUGUUACAAUUCCACCUUCCCACUUCCAGGAAAACUGCAUCAGAAAUAUAGUAUGAAGAAAUGAAGCUAAAUUGCUUCUCAAAACAGAGCUGUUAAAAAUAAUUUAUUCCUUGGUUUGGAAAAACAGUGAUGGCUCUCUAAGAUUGUCAGAGCAAGCUUGAUUCCAAAUGUAUAAAGUCAAGAAACAUAAAAGGGGUCUUUAAAAUAUUUUUUUCAAUGUGCAGAAUGGUUUCUAAAAGAAAGAAUGAAUAUGUUUAGUUUCACACUCUUGGGUUAUUCAUCCAUGUGUAAAAAUACUGUAAUGACCCAACACAAGUAUGUUCUUUGUUUCCCAAAGGGUUCUAUGUAAAAUCACCAAAACAUAAAUUCUGCUGUAAGUUCCUAUAAAGUUAAUUUAUGGCAAAUGCCUCUUCAAGAAUAUAGAUUUUAAGGGUAUGGAUUUUACAUCCAAAUUUAAGGCUAUCAGAUUUGAGUUUCAAAAAUCUGGUAAACCAUAAGUUGGAAGGGCAAUGUAUUGAAAAAUAUUUGUAUUGUUAUAUCAUGAUUUUUGCAUGCCAAUCUGUAGCCCUACCAAAUUUGUUUCUUCAAGAAUGAGUGAUAAUUUGCACACAAUUUUUGCAUACCAGCUUCUGAGCCCAAAUCAAGCCCAAUUGAAUUAAAUGGUAAAGGUUGAAUAUUAGGCUAUUUCUCAGAGAAGACCUAGAGAAGAUUCUGCUUAUUCGGUUAUACUGUGUAUUGCUAACAGCAGUAUUUUCUAUAAAGUAGUUUAAAUUACUGACAAUCGUUAUAGUGAUGAAGCCAUAUUUCUGAUGUUUAGGAACAUGACUCUAAUUAAUAAUAUUUUGCUUAAAAUUUCAAGGUUUAAAUUUAUCCAUUUUUCCCAUGACCAGCUGAUGUUCAGAACUGAGAAAAAGCCUUUUUUCAGAAUAUCCCUUUUUCUCUGCCUCUCCUCCUUUUUCUUGUUGUUAUGGAAUAGCUCUUAUUAAGAGCCUUUGUUGAAAGAGAAAGCCACCAAUGCCUGUCCAUAGAGUUAACUCUGCUUGUCUGCAAAAUGGCCAUUGUUGCUAUUCAUGCUGUUUGCAAAUGUCACCUUAAUGCCACUAUAAUCUACAUUGCUGUUGUACUCAUAUCAAGUAGAUGAAUAAAGUUUUAAACUUUAUUCUUA